CGUCAGAGGAGCGUGGCCGCUGCUGCUGCUGCUGCUGCCAGACACCAAAACAGAACGGAGUUAUAUAUAUACCAUGGUGAAUGAGUGUAGCGGACCCUGAUCACCUGAGUAACUAUACAUUACCAUUAAAUCAUCACUAUCAGCAGCCCGAGACUCCAUACUACAGGAACAGCUAUGGUAACAUAGCUCUUUACUAGGAGUACAGUCUGUAACUGGAGGGAACAAUGUUAACCAGGUAGACGUCUCAUUCCUGUCUGGGGAACGUGCAGAGCCUAGUGUGUGGCGAUGGCAUGGCCGGUGUCGAUCAUUUGCCGGGCACUCCGCAAUGUGGGCUUGGUUCUUUUCUACUAUGUCUUCUCAAUAGGAAUCACUUUCUACAACAAGUGGCUCAUGAAGGGUUUCCACUUCCCUUUGUUCAUGACGCUGGUCCACCUCGUGAUAAUAUUUUGCUUGUCGGCUCUGACACGAUGUGCCAUGCAGUGCUGGACACGCAAGCCUAGAGUUACGCUCGGCUGGAAAGAGUACCUGUACAAAGUAGCACCAACAGCACUUGCAACUGCGCUGGACAUUGGACUGUCCAACUGGAGCUUCCUUUUCAUUACUAUCAGUCUAUACACGAUGACAAAGUCUUCCGCUGUGCUUUUCAUUCUGUUGUUCUCCUUGGUCUUUAAAUUAGAGGAACCGAACCCGUUCCUGAUCCUGGUGGUGAUACUUAUAUCAAGUGGUCUGUUCAUGUUCACCCUCAAGUCCACUCAGUUUAACCUGGAGGGCUUUAUCAUGGUUUUACUGGCCUCCUUCAUUGGUGGGAUUCGCUGGACCCUCACUCAAGUCCUUAUGCAGAAAGCAGAGCUGGGGCUUCAGAAUCCAAUUGACACCAUGUAUCACCUACAGCCACUCAUGUUCCUGGGUCUUUUUCCUCUUUUUGUUGUGAAUGAGGGUCUGGGUUUGAGCACCUCAGAGAAGCUGUUCCGGGUGAGUGAGCUGCAGCCGCUGCUCUACUCUCUCCUCACUCUGUCAGUGGGUGGCACCCUGGCGUUUGGACUGGGUUUCUCAGAGUUCCUGCUUGUCUCUCGCACCUCCAGCCUCACACUCUCUAUAGCAGGCAUUUUUAAGGAGGUGUGCACUCUGCUGCUGGCAGUAGGGUUUAUGGGAGAUAAGAUGAGCACAGUGAACUGGCUGGGCUUUGUUGUCUGUCUUGCAGGUAUCUCGCUACAUGUGGGUCUGAAGACGUACUACAGCAAAGGUAAUGGCUCAUCAUUAAGGCCACUGCCAGGAAGAGACAACCCAGAUAUGGAGCUCCCUCUUCUCACAUCCAGAGAGAACGCCUGUGAGAUGGAUGAGGAGGAUGAGGACUAAUCAAAAGGACUAUAAGAGAAUGUCAGCCUCUGGACUCAAUAAGCAAUGGACCAAUGGCAUCCUCACUGACAUAAUUCCCCUGGAUGGUCAUGUUGACUACAGGCUCAGGGAAAGUAGCACAAAAAGUCACAAGGAAGAUAAAAUGCAAAUUAAGCUGUUAUAGGAAAAGACAGACUUGGAUUCCACAAAGCCUGUGAUGUUCCAGGUACAGAGAUGCAAGAAGGAACAUGGCAGAACAUUAGGACCAGGUCUAGGGCUGCAUGAAUGAUUCCUAAAACUGCAAUAUGCAGACAUAAUUUAACAAAUCAUAAAACACUAUGAGCAAACAGCCAUGUGCUUCAUUUCUGUCAGGUACAUUUUACAUAGCAAGGCUUGCAAGCUUGACAAGUGAAAUCCUUUUAAAUGUAGUUGAUAUAUCAUAUAUAGCAUUAUCAUUUGUUACGAUAUUCUAUACAUUUUAUACAACUUGUAGAUUUAAAUUGUCUAGUUUUAAACUAGUUUAUCAUCAGACAACAGAUCUGUAGAUCUGUUUUUUUUUCUUUUUCUUUUUUGAAGCAAACAAACUUAUCUGCUAAUUAAAUGAGAAUGUAAGUCUCAAGAAAGACUUAUAAUGGUUAAAUGUAUCUAUAAAUUAUUUUAAGUCUAAUAAUAAUUAUAUGCCAGUCUUACAGUUGCAAAGCAAAUAUAUGUCACUAUAACGAGAAUUUAAUUUCUUUUGGUAAAAAAACUUAAAUAGGUACAAAUGCCUAGAAAUAAUUGGAACAGUCUUAUAAUAAUGCAAUACUUAUCUAAUGAAAAAAAAGCAAAAUAGGGUUGAUUUCACUUGCCAAGAUAUAUAGGUUUUGCAGUACAAUGCCAUUAGGAAGAUAUUUUUAGGUGCUUUACAGUAUUUCAGCUUAUCUUCUUAUAAUUUACAUAUUUCUAUCAUGCAGCCCUGACCAGGAUUGCAUUCUCCAUUUGCACUCAGGACCAGUUUCCAUGUGGCCUUACGUCUUUCUGUCUUUCUGAGAAUCGACACCUUUUUGACACCUUUACUUUGCAAAGAUGUAAUAAAUCUGUGAGUGAUUUUAUUAUGUACUAAUUAAUAUGGUUGCUGUGAAAUAAAUAAUUCAUUCCAAC